AUGCUAUUGCUGCUACAGCUCCUGCGUCUCAUUAUUACAUGUCCCACUGGGACCUGGGCUGACGAAUAUCAUGUUGUUGCUGCAGGUCCGUGCGCCGAGGAGGGCGACGUCUACUGCAGUCGCCGGGUGCCUAACAGCUUCUGCUCUGUCACCAAGAAUGAAUGUUUCUGUCAGCCAGCCUUCGUAGCCAUCCAAGAGGAGUAUGGAAUUACCUGCAAACCACUGCUCACCUCCCUUACCUGUCAUGUGGACAAGGACUGUGUUCACGUGAGGAACAGCAUCUGCCAUCCUGGAGCCGGAUAUUGUGCAUGCCCCGGUGGUACUGUAUACGUGGCUCAAGAAAAUGCCUGCCGUAAGCCCAAUUUAUCUCAUUUUUAUUGCUAUCAUUUCAUCAUCGGAACCUCCACGAACAAUGUUGCCGAGAAUGUGAACAACAGCUUCUGUGAGAUAUGCAGGCAAGUCAAUGGGGUCUGCUACUACACGGACAGCCUCAAAAAGACAGAGAAAUUUGGAUGUGCCUGCCCCUUCAAUACGGCAAUGCCAGUCCUGCAAGUUGACGUUGGUGACCUCUGCAAUCACGUGGAUUUGUUCUGUCGACCGAGGAAUUCUCUGUGCUCCUCCCUUAAUGACGAUGGCCCACCAACCUGUCGAUGCAAACCUGGCUUCUUUCCAGUUUACCAACAGAGUCUUCACUACCACGAGUGCUUCAAGCAAGUUGCCUGUGAAUCCAAAGAAAACGCUGGAAUUUGCGUUGAUUUAAAUGGUGAUGGAAGGGCAGACGAUACAUUUUGUGCAAGAAUGGGCUCCACACCGAAAACUCAGUCCCUGUACCACGGUGCGAGUGGUUCGAGAGAGAUGUCCAUUUCCUACUCUCACAACUGGCCAACGUUAGAUAUUAUCCUGGAGAAGAGCAAAGAAGUCUCUGGAAUCAUGGAAAUGGGCCCGCAAAACGCUGGUGCCUGGGACGAAUCCUGUCACAGACCCAUGGUACAAGUAACGUGCUCAUCAAAUCGUUUUUUGGUUUGUUUUCUACCACCAACGAGACCGCCAUACCAACAAUUGCACCAGUCACUGAUGGAUGGUAAUGGCAUCGCCUACUUGACUGGAGAAGGUUUCUCAACGGCAGUAACAACUGCGGUAGUUCCACGAAGUUGUGUACUCCGAGCUUCAGAUCUCGGCGAAGACAGUGAAGCGAUAGCUGCUUCCCAUCACUGGGAAGUGAGACGACAUUCGCAUCAAUUCUGUGUCAAUUUUGAUCUUGUCAGCAGCGGAAGGGGAGCUACGAGACUUCCUUGCGGUCUAACUGUGGACCGAAAUGAAAAUGAGGUGGACAUCAAAGGCCUUCUAGAGGUGCGAACCGAUGCUCACUUGUGGAACAGUCGUGUUGACAUGCGCUUUGAUCUGCACUGUUCCACCGCCGUAACCAACGCAACCACCGUCGCCAAUGCUGCUGCCACUGCCACUCCCACCAUAGUAAGUAGCAGGAAGGGUGAUUUGCUCAUUUUUAAACCUCAGGAUUCGAUAGACUGCCACUUCCUAGCUUUAUUGUCUUACUUAAUGCUUUCUCGACCCGAUGGUGUGCUCUAUCCCCAAAGGUCUCAACGCCUAUCAGACCAGUGGAAUGUGGACAAUGUGCGUCCCACACCUGCAGCACUUGACCUAUCCUUUAAGGUCAUCUCUGUUACCAAAAGAGUGGUCUCCAGUGUCCUUCUCGCCUCACCAAUUCAACUGAAAGCAACUAUGUUUGACCCCACAGGCGAGCGCACUAACUCUUGCCACAUGGAAAGCCCUACAUGUGUAGAUGUUGUCACUGUUGCAAAGCGUCUCACAUUGCCUCCCCUCUACUGUGGUGUAAUUACCUAUACGACAUUUGUGGUCGAAUCCUGUCAUGCCACCGCUUCGGAGUCAAUGCACGUGGAAAUUAUUAAUCGCGGGUGUCCAAACACGGAGUGCGGAUUCUCAGGAAAUUUCCUCACCUACACUCUGUCCCAACCGGCAAGAGAUAGUGUGUCACAACCCUUUUCUUCAAAAUCCCCCCCUCCUGCUUCUUCCUCCCUCAUCUCGAUUGUUUCCUCAUUAUUUCCAGCGUUUGUAAUCGCUCCAGUAAGUCAGCUUAUUGUGAGAAAGCAUCCGAAUGAGUCGUUUCGAAUAGACUCUACCACAUUCCAUACCAACGCAUCAGCGACAAAUGUGAGAAUCACUUGUGGAUUUCGACUGUGUGCCCGCCAAGCUUGGUGUGCUUUGAAUCUGAAGUUUGCCAUUCAUCUUCCUUGCAUACAGCCCCAUAAGUGCAGCAGUAUGCAAGAGAGGAGCCCAAGAACAACGUUUAUGCCACCGAAGAUUCACUUUGCAGUACGAUCAUUGAUAUUGGAGGUUGUCAACCCUUCACCUCAUAAUUCCGAGGAGUCCAAUUCACAAGGUACGUUAAUUUAUUAUCCCUGCCUCCUUACUCAGCCUGCCGUUAAACGGCAUUUUCGAACUGAGGAAGAGGAUAAAGCGCUUUCAGUACCUUUCAAAGCGAUCUCAGUUGCGUUGCUAUGUGUCACUUAUGGUUUUUGGUACGCAGAGUUGCUCAAGCGUGUUCUGCCAACCUCGAAUCCAGCUGCUAUUAAUCAUGGUGUCAUUGGGGACAAUGCUUUGCCUCUCCAUGAUAUUGACGAUGCCAAGAAUUCUGCGGGAACUCAACCUCCUCGCCUUAGCUUGCAUAGUACCAAUGACGAGACUUCCAUUACUCCCGCCUUUCUGCAUUACGAGCCAGAGCAAAAUUAUAUCCAGUUCUACAAUCCACCCCCACCUCCACCUCCACAAAAGUACAAUCACCAUCAAACUCCCCCUCCAUCUACAUGCUUCCACGAGGUUUGCCAAAGCCUACCCCAUCAGAGACACCCUCAGUACACACAGAACGUCUUCCUCUCUUCCCCAUUGGACAGCCAAAGAGGUCUCAUAUACGCCAACGGUGAGAUGGGUGGUGGCAAAUCGACUCUACUGGUGCCAGUGAGCUCAAACUCUCACCUUCAUCCACCAAAUCAUCUUCGUAGUGAAACAAGGUGGUUGCGAGACAGACCAGGAAUUCCAACUUUUGAGGCUCAGUCUGCUCCUCAAACAGCUUCCACUGUUAUCGUUGACAUGUCUUCCUCACUGCAGCAGAAUAAUCACUCUGCUACCGUUGAGACACCCAAAAUGCCAAGGCAAUGGAAUGGGAGCGGAUGGGAAGACCAACCUCAUGUUUGCCUCAUCUCUACAUCGGGUGUCAAGGCCCUUGGACCAGUACAAAAAUCUCCUGCGCCUAGUCCAGUCAACAUAACACCAGAAACGCUAUACCAACUGCCCUCGAAGCUCUACAUGAUGCCUGAGUUUUCCUACUGUCUCUCUUCGCACAACUCUAUUAGCGUCAAUAACAACAGACACCGCAAGAAAAGCAGUAGUAAUGAAGACGGCCCUCCACAGUGA